GAGCCAACGCCAACGCAGCAAGCGUCUACACCGAGAACUCUUCACUGCCACGAGAAAACCUUGAUCAGGUGUUAUCUCGAGACUGAAGAAGUGUCUGUGCGACAAGGCCAUAACAAGGCCUUCGUCUCGUCGAGGUGGCGAUUACCGAGAGCCGCUUGCAACGCGCCCUUCUCUACCAGGAAGGACACGUCGAAAGAUAUAACCGGUCGCGGUGUGCAUGUUAGCUACGUUUGUGUCGCGGCAGCUUCGCCCAACCGCCUUGGUUAGAAAUAUGUCGAAAGUAACGCGUGAAGUCAUAACAUCGGAGCAUGCUCCCAAAGCCUUGGGACCGUACAGCCAAGCCAUCAGAGCCGGUGAUACCAUGUAUGUGUCUGGGCAGCUUGGCGUGGACCCAAGUACUGGGAAGCUGGUCGCGGGUGGAAUUUCAGCUGAGACGAGGCAGGCGCUUGUAAACCUGACUAAAGUCCUGGAGGCUGGCCGUAUGUCUUUGAAAUGUGUUGCCAAGUGCACGGUCUACCUUGGGAACAUGAAUGACUUCCAGGAAAUGAACAAAGUCUACUCUGAAUUUUUCACUGAGAAACAGCCAGCUCGUGCUGCAUUUCAAGUGGCAAAGCUUCCUCUGAAUGCUUCUGUGGAGAUUGAAGCUAUUGCUGUGGACUGCCAGUAAGGACUCUCCAUAUUGGUCACCACAUAAGCCCAAAGUUGUCAUUUGACACUGCCAUUGUUACAGACAUAUUUUUUGACUGGGAGAAAUCCUUUCUUUUUGGAAUAAAAUACAGACAAGCAUUUA